CAGACUCUAUCUCCAAAAAAAUAAAAAGUAAAAGGAAAAGGGAGAGCAUUACUUAGGUUUUGUGGUUCCAAUGGAAAAUAUAAGCAAGUAUAGGUUACUGGUAUGCUGCACGGUGUUUAUAUUACUGCUCGCCGUCGCCGGCAGGAGUGCAGAAAGUGUGGAAGAAGAAGAAGAGCGUCAGAGAGAAGCGGACAUGGUGAAGAAGUUGCCAGGACAACCGCCGGUAAAGUUCCGACAUUUCGCCGGUUACGUGAAGCUCCGGCCGAAUGAAGACAAGGCAUUGUUCUAUUGGUUUUUUGAAGCUCAAUCUGAAGCAUCUCUCAAGCCGCUUGUCCUGUGGCUCAACGGAGGACCUGGCUGUUCUUCAGUAGCUUAUGGAGCUGCACAAGAACUCGGUCCAUUUCUGGUUAGGAGCAAUAAUACCCAACUCACUCUUAACAAAUUCUCUUGGAACAGAGUUGCAAAUAUGCUGUUCUUGGAGGCACCAGUUGGUGUAGGCUUUUCCUACUCAAAUAAUUCGAAUGAUUUAAGACAACUUGGCGAUGGAAUUACAGCAAAUGACUCUUAUGCUUUCUUGGUUAACUGGUUCAAAAGAUUCCCCAGCUUUAAAUCCCACCAUUUCUACAUUGCAGGCGAGAGCUAUGCCGGUCAUUAUGUUCCUCAACUGGCAGAGUUGAUUUACGAGAGAAACAAAGGUGCCAACAAAGAUUCCUACAUCAACCUGAAGGGAUUCAUGAUAGGGAACGCAGUGAUAAACGAUGAAACAGACACGAAGGGUUUGGUGGAGUUUGCAUGGAGCCAUGCAAUAAUAUCGGACCAGCUGUACGUAAGGAUCAACAAGGAAUGUGAUUUUCUACAUGGACACUUAACCCUCCAAUGCAGUGAAGCUUUAAAGGGUUUCAUGGAAGCUUAUGCUGACAUUGAUAUUUACAGUAUAUAUUCACCUGUCUGCUUGAAUUAUGAUUUUUCCAACCUCCUCGUUCCUCCUCAUCGUCUCUUCAGUAAUUCACAGGAGAUGUGGAAUAGGGGGCUACCCUCCGGCUAUGAUCCAUGCACUCAAGAUUAUGUUGAGCAAUAUUUCAACAAACCAGAGGUACAGAUGGCUCUACAUGCCAAUACCACUAAACUCCACUAUCCAUACACUCUUUGCAGUGGUGUUAUUAAAGGGUGGAAUGACUCUCCUGAUACUGUUUUGCCCAUCUUAAAGAAACUCUUGAAUGCUGGUUUACGCAUCUGGGUAUAUAGUGGUGACACAGACGGGAGAGUGCCAGUAACAUCAACAAGAUACAGUAUAAACAAGAUGGGAGUAAAAGUGAAUGAAGAAUGGAGAACAUGGUUUCACAAGAAUCAAGCGGGUGGUUGGGUAGAAACAUAUGAAGGCGGUCUCACCUUAGCCACCGUGCGGGGUGCAGGCCAUCAAGUUCCUCUCUUUGCUCCCCAACAAUCCCUUUCUCUCUUCACCCAUUUUCUUCAUAACAAUCCUUUGCCACUUUCUCGUUUCUAGAACUCAUUAUUUCAAACUCACUACUCAUUAUCUGCUCUCCAGCCACUAAUACUGUAAACAUUUUUCUAAUGUAUUAUAUACAUAUACGCAUAAGUUAAUUGGUCAUCUCUUUAUUUUAGCAUCUUUUUAAUGUAUUGUGAUGGAUGAAGUUGUUUUAUUGUAAGAAAAUUUUAUGCUCAU